AUGAACUGUUCCUGCGCAGCCGAGCGCUGCCCACACCUGCAGUACCUGAGAACGCUCCUGGAGAACAGCUGCCGGGAGCAGAUCCCUUGUGCGAGCCGCCAAACGUCGACAUCAGAAAAUUUGAAUCUUUGGCAGCGCUGGAAACCACUAGUGAUGCAGAUGUUGAAGCUUUCCGGAUGUUUUCUCGAAACGCUGAUGCUCGUCUGGGUGGCUGUCACGCGUGUGUGCCUCCGUCUCUGGCUACAGCUUCUCGAUACAAACCGUUCCGCACUGGCGUUGUUUCUGUUCUUCACCCUUUCGGUAAUCUGCUCGAUACGGAGCGGGUCAAGGUGA